AUGGCCUCAUUCCCGUAUGAGAAGAAAGUGGAUGUGUGCACCGUCGUCGAUCCAAAGAAAACCGUGUACCAACAUGCUUUCUUUAAAAUUGUUAAGAUAUUACAAAAUCACGAGUAUCACGAAGAAGGAAAAAAGCGAAAUUUACCCGCAGAUCAUCUCCGUGCUCUCCGACCAUUUGCUAAAUGUGGCGAUGAUUUUUGUGGCCCUGUCUAUACAACACUAAGAAUUCGUGGUUCGUUGGGCGCCGAGGAUGGUCCCAAGUCGUGCAUUGCGACAACGGGACGAACUUCGUCGGAGCUAGUCUCCACUUCCAAGCCCUUCAUGAGUGGUCCGAAGAGGAAGCCCACGCCAUACGCGAAUUCGCAUCAAAAAGCGUAUGUAAGUUUGCAUUCACAGGUUACGCACAUGGGCGGACUUUAAUAGGCAGG